CACCGGCUGUCGGCUUUACAUCUGGACCGCCUGCCUAGUGUCAUCUGCGGCCUGUUCGGACGGUGCUCUCCCUGAACUUGUGUGUGUGUGUGUGUACCAGGGGAACCGGCUGAGUUCGCCUCGGAUGGUGUCGUGUUAGGGAGGAGAGGCUGACUAUUUGGCCCGGACUAGAUCGGUGAUCCACCGUAGUCAGCUGGACCCGCUGACUGCUCAAGGAAUAAACAAUAAAGACGCUCAUCCAGCGCAAAGUAUGGAUUUUGCGUAGCGAAAGUCGCGCAUCUUUAAAGGCGACGCUAGGGUGACAUUGCAGUCUUCUCGCCACAUCGCCCAUUUCGUCGUCCGACAAAAAAGAAAAGCGUGAAAGUGGAGGAUCGUCCGUCGUACGUAUCGGCGCAGUGGGAUUUGUACGUCUGGUCGGCGUUCCCCCCCACCCUUCCCGCGGUGACGGUUAUGGGUCGGAAGCGGUGUGUCGGUGCAGAUUGUUCCAAGAUGGCGGCCGGGUGCUGCGGGGUGAAGAAGCAGAAACUGUCGGGAUCGCCUGGGUCUGGGGGUCCUGGCGGGGUGGGGGCGGGAAGCGGGGUGCCAGGAACCGGACAUUGUGGCUCGGAGCUGGGGAUUGGCUCCUCCGCGACCGUUACAGCGGCGGCGAACGUGAGCAGAUCCAACGGCCUGGGGGGACCCGGGGGUAUCGUUAGUGGCAGCGGUAGUAGUGGUGGUAGCAGCGGCACGAACGCUCUGUCCCCAGCCCCGGCCGGUUACUCUUCAUCCGGCCUCUCCCCGAAUCUCAGCCCGGGACCCGGCUCGGGAAGUGGAGGCAGAAAGAUGGUGGUCUCGGCGGAGAUGUGCUGCUUCUGUUUUGACGUGCUUUAUUGCCAUCUGUACGGAUACCAACCUCCGAGAACACCCAGGUUUACAAAUGAUCCCUACCCGCUGUUUGUCACAUGGAAAAUAGGCAGAGACAAGCGGUUGCGGGGUUGUAUAGGUACCUUUUCUGCCAUGAAUCUGCACUCAGGACUCAGGGAGUACACCCUUACCAGUGCCCUUAAAGACAGCCGCUUCCCCCCUAUGACAAGGGAUGAGCUGCCUCGCCUCUUCUGCUCAGUGUCUCUUCUCACCAACUUUGAAGACGUCGGUGAUUACCUUGACUGGGAGGUGGGCGUUCAUGGUAUUAGGAUAGAAUUUUUCAAUGAAAAAGGAUCAAAGCGCACCGCCACUUACCUACCAGAGGUUGCGAAGGAGCAAGGUUGGGACCACAUUCAAACCAUAGAUUCCUUACUACGAAAGGGAGGUUAUAAAGCUCCCAUCACAAAUGACUUCAGGAAGACCAUUAAGUUAACCAGGUACCGUAGCGAGAAGUUGACAAUGGGUUAUGCAGAGUACAUCGCCCACCGUCAGCACCAUCACUACCAGAAUGGCAUUGGGCACCCUCUACCACCGUACAACCAUUAUUCCUGACAGCGAGCCGCAUGACCAAUCAUUGGACCUCUCCGCGGACCUUUUCCCAGGAGAGCCCGCCCCCUCCUGGUCUAGCUAUUUCUACUACUGUACCAUUUUAUGAUGAUAGUUUCCGUUGCCAUGCUGGCCGUCUCCCAGACGUUGACAUGGCAACGGGUGGCAACGAAGCAUCAUUUGAUUCUGGCAAGAAAUUCACUUUCUCUCUUUCUUUGCCUGUGGUUAAGUUUUUGCAGCAUAUGUAUCCUUAUAACUAUAACCCCCUUUACUCAUACGUUUGAAAAUUAACAACUAAUAGAUUUUUAUUAAUCUUUUCAGCAAACCUAAUCAGGUGUUUGAUUCUGUGGAUGGAAGGAAGUCUCUUUAGUAGAUUAGUCUAACACUUAUAUUGUUUAGGCUUUGCUACAGGUCUACAUUAACUAAAAAAUCUUUAGUUCUCCCAUUUUCUUUCUUGAUAUCCUGACAUGUAUAACCAUGUAGCAAGGCAACUGCAGUUCUCAAAGGCUGUGUCAUCUCUGUCCUGAUUCCUCUCAAAAAAAAAAAAUGAUUGACUGCGGAGGUUAUUGGAGCCUUGUAAACUCUUAGCGUUGUAGUUGGAACUAUUUAUUGGGAACUGUGUACUCCAAAGUAUAAAUAGUAGAAUAGUAAUGCCCUUUGACUGGCCAUUGCUGGUUGUGUUUGUUGUGCGAGCUGUGUGUAUUCUCGGUGUGUGGAUAAGGACGUUGAUCUGCCACGAGAACGAACGAAAUUUCGAAUUUUUAUUUUUAAAAACUCCCCGCCGUUUUUCUUUCGGAAACCUUUCCCCUUGAGUGUUUGUCGUGUUUUUUGUGGUGGAACCUGUAAACUUGCGACGACGUUCCCUCUUUUUCAAAUUACAGUAAUCGCGGAGGAAGCCAUUUGUCUGAGGAUAAUCACAUCCUUGCUGGUGAUUUGUUAUGUAAAAUGGGCUACAAGUGGGGUCUGCUCUCCCGGCAGUGGAGAGGGGCGACCAGGUGUAAUUACAUGUCCCUAAAAGAAGAAGAAAAAAAUAAAAAAGACAACGCAUGAACGAUGCUUCAGUUAAAAUUGACCGUCUGUUGGUGUCUGAGUUUACUGGCAGGGAGUCACUUUAACAGGGACAUGCUAUAUCUACUUAAAGCCAUAUUCUCUUUUUAUUCCACACUUUGUAAGAGUAGUCUGUUGUUUGGCUUGAUGCAUUUGCAUUCUGUGCCACUGAAGCUGGUCACUGUUCCACCUCCGAAUGCAAACGUAUACCAACCAGCCUCAGGCAAGGCCGCAUCACGAAAAGACACAACGUCGACUCAGCGGUUUCAGUCAUUUGUCAGGUGUCGUGUGUAGUGCCCGUGUCGUCAUGGAAACACUGUCUUGCCUUUUCAGACUAUAGAUAACCAUUGUCACUCGUCUGUGAAGUACGUUAUAUUAAAAAUUGUCUUUUUUUUUUUUUUUUUUUUAUGAAGACACUUGACGCACAAAAGGAAGUGAGCUAAUUAACGUGUGUGUCGUUUAGUAGUGCAUGUCUUUGUGGAGCUGCCACGACGCAGCCAGUUUUAGUUUGUUGAAACCGCACUACCACCUGUUCUCCGAUUAGUCCGCUGUUCAGCAGGGUCCCUUUGAUCUGUGUGUCCACGGCACAGGACAUAUUUUGAUUUGUGGUGUGUUUAGUCAGCUGUUGGGCAGCCGAUCGGAGCAAACACGGCUGAAUUAGUCGGAGUUGAAUCUCUGCAGGGGGCCUGGCGUCUUACAGUUGAGGUCUACGAAUAAUAAAAAAAAAAAAAAAAUGCCAGGGCUUUUUACAAAGGACUUAAGAAGCCAUUUCCCAUCCAAA